UCACUGUCAGCCCUAUCUGACAAUAUUAAGAUUCCGAUUGUGUACGCAAAUGGGGCUUCCAAUGUACAUGGUGGCUCAGUGUGCCUGAUUUGUGUUUGGUUCCUGAGAUGUAGCAUGAUACCGUUUACCAAGUAGCUUCUUCAUCUUGAGAAUUUCAGUUUGGAUCGAUGGCUAUGAAAGCAGGGAUUUCGGUCCUCCUACUUUAUAUCAUCCAGUGUACUGGAGCGAUGUCGCAUAGUUCUGCGUCUAGUGACCCACUAUCGGAUUCCGAUAUAGGUCUCAGAAAAAUGAUGGGUGGUGCUACACCACUUGGCAAUCAGAAAAAAGAAGAUUUUUCAUCUCGUGGCAAUGAUUCAGCAUCACAAAAUAUAGACGAGAUCCAACGGCGACGGCAGAGGAAUGUUGGCUAUGCAAGAAAGUACAGGAUGUUACAUCCACAAAAGGCAAGAGACGCUGUACGUAGGUAUAAAGAGAACGUGAAGAAGGAUCCAAUCAGAAGAGAACGAAGGCGAUUGCAAAUGCAAAAAUAUAACGCAGAUUUUAAGCAAAGACAAAAAGUAAUCAAAGCUCUUGAACAAGCUAAACUAAAUACAGGUGAAACCAGAAGAGAAGAUGUACCGCAGGGCAAGAGAAAAGCGAAAAACCCUGAAGGUGAAAGUUCUGCCAAACGUCCUAGGAUUCUACACUAUGGUCGGCCGCCAAUGUCCAGUGCUUUUAUUCGAUCUGAAGCAGAAAGGUCAGCAAUGCAAGCUGCCCGAAAUGAUGAAGCAAGCUCACAAGAGCCACGUCGCAUUUUACGAAUCAAGUUGCCCAAACAGGACGCAAAGCCCUCGUCGUCCAAGAAAGAAUGAAUUCAAUAAGUUGUGUAAGCCCGGUUUAACAUGCAAGUUGAAUACAAGCCCAUGGAGUUUGUCAUCGGUUGGCAAAAGUGGCGCUUACACAAAUAAACAAACAAUAAAGUUUAUCCUUCAAUCAGAGGAUGUGGCUUAUUAGUCUUCCUGCCAUGCGGUCUGGUCGUUUAAUGGCCAGGCUAAUUGUGU